UGUCAGUCCGCCAUGUAUGGGAUGCUUACUAUGCCGUCUCACACAUGUAGACCACGAAUCGCAGUGGAAAUCAGUGAUGAUGCAUUAGUGUGGUAUUAAUGACCUCAGGAGUGUGGAUGAAUUGGGUGGAAGCGUGUAAUUCAAGUGUAUGGAGAUGUAGCCUUAAACUGUAGUGUGGUGGGUGUGUGUCUGUACCCACGUGCCCGCAGUGGAAUCCUAGGGGAGGAGUGGGCGGUUGCAACAUAGCCAGGUCUCGCCACAAGUGUUCCUGGUGCACCUGUGAAUAACUUGGCUUCAUGUUAUCCACUUGUGUUAAUACAUCGUUACUCUCUCUACUGUAAAAAUCCUCACAUUCAGCACCUUUACUUCAUAGCGUCUGGGGUUAGCAUCGCACUUUUCAACUAUGGUCAGAAUGUGGUGCACUCAGCUGUCUGUGUCCUCGUGGCCUGGCUCCUCCUGCUGGUCAUGGGCGGAACGCUUCUUUCAGUUAUUAUUUCAUUUGUCUUCCAAAUGACGUAUCUUCUUGUUGGCUACUACAUGACUGGCACUGACACAUACGACAUAAAAUGGAGUAUGCCCCAUUGCGUGCUGACUCUGCGCCUUAUAGCAUUGACCUAUGAUGUCUACGAUGGGAGAAAAGAUCCUGAAAAGUUGUCUGGUGAUCAGCAGAAGACUGCCCUGUCAUUCACACCAACCCUCAUUGAAAUAGCUGGCCACACUUACUUCCCAGCCUCCUUCAUGGUGGGACCACAGUUCUCCAUGAGACGCUAUUUGGACUUUGUCAAGGGUUCCUUGGUGGGUUGUGAACUGCCUCCCUGUUUGAUGCCAGGGCUGCUGCGAGGAAGUCUAGGAAUGUUCUAUUUGGCCGUGUAUCAAGUAGGAAUCAGCUGGUUACCCGAUGCAUUCAUCAACUCAGAAGAAUUUUAUGCUCUGGCACUAUGGAAGCGACACAUUGUGGUGGGACUUUGGGCCAAGAUCACUCUUUACAAAUAUGUUUCGUGUUGGUUGAUAGCUGAAGGCGUGUGCAUUAUGUCAGGACUAGCUUUCAAUGGCCGGGACUCAGCUGGAGGUAUGCGAUGGGAUGGCUGUAGAAACGUCCAUGUCCUUCUCUUGGAGGGCUCCACACAAUUUGGCCACCUCAUUCAGUCCUUCAACACAAACACCAAUGCCUGGGUAGCGCAAUAUGUCUACAAGAGACUGCGGUUCCUGAACAACCGCUACAUCUCCCAGGUGUCGGCUCUGGUGUUCCUGGCAGUAUGGCAUGGACUCCACUCGGGAUACUACGCCUGCUUCUUCAUGGAGUUUGUUGUCAUGAACUUUGAAAGAGAUCUAUCUAACUAUGUGAAGCAGUACCCUCGGCUGGUUGCUAUCUUGAAUGCUGGUCCUCUGAAGUACAUCAAGUUUGUGGUCCUGAAGUUGUACGUCAUAGUCUUUAUGGGCUAUUGUUUGGGACCAUUUGUGCUCUUGAAGCUCCACAGGUGGUGGCAGUUCUACAACUCUUUGUUCUUCUCUGGACAUGUUAUAUUUGCUGGAUGGCCUUUGUAUGCUCCUGCAGUGAAAGCAUUAAUAAAGGCCAUUGGUGGAGAGAGAAUAAAGUUAGAAAAGUCCAAGUGAACCAGUGUAAUAAGAUUGCAUGAAAUAAGAGAGAGACUGUAUGUCCUGCAGCUUCAGUGCAGAUGUGAGAAUACCAAGAUGAUUGUGUCAAGUUAACCUACCUCUCUGCAGUCCGUCAGCUGCACCAACCUUGAUAACUCUGUAAUCAAGUCUAUAUGUAUCUUUUCAUUCAUUCUUAACUUGAUAAUAUCAUCCUAGGAUAAUUCAAUUCAUAUGCAUUUAUCCAACAGUUCCAAGAACUUGUGAAUACAUAGCCUUGUGUUUACACAGUACACUACUUUUCCAAGCAAUAGUAUACAAUAGCCUGUUGCUUAUAUUUAUAUCAUCCUGUUGUGGGAACCACAUGUGUGAAACAUUCUGAGGACAGCUGUUGACACUAGUAGCUGCUUCCCAUGAAGUUUUACUGUGUACACUGACACUUGCACAAUUAUUUGAUUACUUGGUUUGGAGUUUUGUCACUGCCUUUAUUCCAUAAUUUGAAGUCUUUGGUACAUAAUUGAAAAAUAUUUUUGCAUUUUAACAUUUCAUUGUGGAUUUCCCUGUAAGUGGAUCUAAGUCAUGAAAAGUCAAUUUUUCUUGUUGUACUUUUUUUUUUAUCUGAAUUAUUUUGUUGUCACAUUUUGCUUUCUCUUUUGUAAAGAUGAGAUCUUAUCACUGGUCAUUAUUGGGAAGCACAUGAAAACACUUCAUAAUGAGAGUUACUAAGAGCAGGGAUCUUAUUCUGGAGCUGAAUGAUUAAAACUUCCUUUUGUCUUGUUGACACUAGAAUAGGUAUACCAUUUUGAGAGUCUUGUCCAAUGUUCCAUUUCCAAAACUGUACUUAACCUUUUAUCCCUCUUGAAAAUAGCACAUAGAGUUUACUUAACAGUUGUCGGAUGUUGCAACUCAUUCAUAGUCUUGUAUCUUGGUGUCUUUGGUGAUGAAGGGAAUGGGGAUAAAUUUUGAUAGGAUGAUGUUCACUAGUGGUAGCCACAGACAAACCUUCAAGCAUUAGCAACAAACUACUUGUAUGUAUGAGCUUGAGGAGCCCCUUGCAGUGUAGCAAAACAUUUAUACCCUAAAUGACCAGAUUGUUUCUACGAGAUACCAUUUUGUAAUAGUUACUAUUUUUACUUGCGGACUUCAUGAUGACAACAUUUAUAGUUGUUUUACAUGGCAAAUUUGUUUUAUAUGUUAUUAUUAUUAUUGUUAUUAUUAUUAUUAUUAUUAUUAUUAUUUUUUAGCAUGGGUAUAUUGUGAAAGUGAAUCUUUCCAGGUAUUUAUUUGCAAUUCCCUAUCCAGACAGGAAUGUAUGUGUUGUGCUGUAUAUACUGUAUGUAUUUAUAUGUAUACAUCCAUGAAUGUAUGCACAUAGUAAAAUCCAUGAACUUUUAAGAACUUCAUCAUCAAUACAAAUGAACCAUCACUUCCUACAAAUAAAAAUGUGUACAAUAUUACACUGUAUGAUAGUUCACCUCUAUGUCUAGUUUAUAGUGUAGGAGUUAUUGGUCUGUAGUGAUCUGCAGUUAGGUGAUAACCAAGACUGAUACACAUUCACCAAUACUGCAGUGUUAUUUGUCCACAUCUUUAGCAGUGGUGAACAUAAGCUUUGAAGUGGUGUGCUGCCUCAGGGGACUCAAGGUAACUACUUGUUUGCCCUCCAUGAUAUUUCACAGUCUAAGCUUAUGUUGCUGCUGUAAAUUAUAUAGUUUCUCACAUGAAUUCAUUGUGUUGAUUAUUCUGUUGGAAAUAUUUGUUAUAAUUUGUAUACAUUCUAUUUUUCUGUUAUUCCAUAAAUGAAAUAUGGUGACUGUUUAGAAGUAUUACACAUUGCUUUUUAUUGUGUUGUUAUUGUCUUUUUGUAUUUGGAGAAAGAGUUGCAUAAUGAAUUGCCUGCAUUAUAAAGUAAUUGUCACCUGUGGGUAAUGUCAACAGAUUUCUCCGAAAAAGUGUCUGCAUUGAAAGGAUAUGAUACUCUUGUACUUUGGAUUCUUAUGUUCCACAAAUCUUUGACCAAUGUAGAAUUUUCUGUAGUGUGUAUAAGAGAUUUGAUGUGUCAAGUAAAGGUGAAGGAAUGAAGUGUGCAGGACUUAAGGUGGUGUGAACACAUGGAGGGGAUGGUUCAAAGUGAAGUGAUGAAGAGAUUAUAUAUGAAUGUAAUAGGUGUGGAAUGUCCAUGAGGAUUAUUUUCAAUGAAAUGAGUGAGCACAGUGUCUCUUAGUGAGAGUAAGAAAGAAAAAGAGAUAAGAUGAGUAAAGCAUACAAGAGAAUAAUUAGACUAAUGUUGUGGUGAUUGCCUUGAGUUUUUUAGGAACAGCUAGGCCUUGGAUAAAGGAAGAAAAAUAUGUUACAGUGAGAGAGAAUUGUCUUAGCAUUUAGCAUGUGCACAAUGAUCUACUGAGUGCCCUGAAUUACAACACUAUACAGUUGGUUUUAGUUAGACACAAUUUUCAAUUUUCAAAUGAACUUUUGUCAUUCAGGAACAAAUAUUUCUAUGAAUUUGUUUCCAAUAAAGAAACGGAUUUUAAA